AUGCGCGGCGGUGACACAGCCAAGUCUCCGGCGAUAAAAAGAAAGCGCAGCGCAGCAGAUCGCAGGAGAGCGGACAGCGAGCUUGCACUUGAUGGUAGAUGCGCCUCUGCGAGUCUUAAAGCGCCUGGAAGUAUUCCAACUCCUGAGGUACUGACUGUGACUUGGACCGGCUGAAGAAUGGAGUGGUAUGUCCUGGUGCUGAUCCUGAGCUUGCCGCCCUCCAUUCAUUCAGACUGCUCUUCACUGUGUCAGAAAUGUGUUCAGCAAGUCCUCAGCUCCGACGCAGCUUUCAGCAGCAGCAGCAGCAGCAGCCUGUCGUGCAGUGCGGAGUGUGAGGCGCAGAGCUGCGUCCAGGUGCCGGGGCUGACGGACUUCAUCCAGGAUGAGGGCGCGGAGGAAGAGGAGCGGCAGCAGGCGGAGCUGGUCAAACGCUACGGCGGCUUCAUCAAGAGAAUCGACAAGAACAAGAACAAAAUCUUCAGCUCGCCGGUGCGCGACAACUACAUCAUGAAGACCGACGCGCUGCCCCAGAAAUACGAGGACUUGUUGAAGAGACUGGAGGAACGAGACGCGCACGACGCACCGGAGGACCCGACGCUGCUGCGCACUUACAGUAAACGCUACGGCGGCUUUUUACGCAAAUUCGGCCCCAAAUCAAGGAGGAGUAGCUCGGCGGAGCAGGAGAGCCAGGAGCCCGAGGAGCUGCAGAAGCGCUACGGAGGCUUCAUGAGGAGGAUCCGACCAAAGUUAAACAACCUGAAGUGGGACAAGCGCUACGGAGGCUUUUUGCGGCGCCACUUCAAAAUCUCUGUGCGCUCAGUGGAGGAGCCCUAUUCCUCCUACGAUGAUCUGAGCCUAUAA